GGAUUUAACGAUGACUCGCCGCGGUUGGGGCUGAAGCCGAUAUCGAUCAAGCAGUCGGCGGGGCCAAGCUUCGAGGUGGAGGAGGGGGGGCACAUGGUGCGGUGGGCCGGGUGGGAGUUCCACCUCAAGGUGGACGCGCGGGCCGGGGUGGUGGUGUCGCGAGUUCGGGCGAGGGACCCGGACACCGGAGAGUGGCGGGGCGUCAUGCACAAGAGCUUCAUGUCGGAGCUCUUCGUGCCAUACAUGGACCCGACUGACGCCUGGUACUUCAAGACCUACAUGGACGCCGGCGAGUACGGGUUCGGCCUGCAGGCGAUGCCGCUCGUGCCGCUCAACGACUGCCCCCGGAACGCGCACUACAUGGAUGGCGUGUUCGCCGCCGCCGACGGCCGGCCCUACGUCAGGGAGAACAUGGUAUGCAUCUUCGAGCGGUAUGCGGGCGACAUCGCGUGGCGCCACUCCGAGAGUCCGAUCACUGGCAUGGAUAUACGGGAGGCGAGGCCGAAGGUGACGCUCAUGGCGAGGAUGGCAGCGUCAGUGGCGAACUACGACUACAUCAUCGACUGGGAGUUCCAAACAGAUGGGCUGAUCCGUGUCAAGGUUGGGCUCAGCGGCAUUCUCAUGGUGAAAGGAACCCCGUUCUCGCACCUUAACCAAUUCCCGCAGAACGAGGACAUGUACGGCACCAUCCUGUCGGAGAACGUGAUCGGCGUCAUCCACGACCACUACAUCACCUUCCACCUCGACCUGGACGUCGACGGCGCCAACAACUCCUUCGUCAAGGUCAAGAUGGCGAGAGAGGACGCCAACCCCGGGGAGUCGCCGAGGACGAGCUACAUCAAGGCCACUAGGCAGGUCGCCAAGACCGAGAAGGACGCGCAGAUCAAGAUGAAGCUGUACGAGCCAUCGGAGUUCCAUGUGAUCAAUCCGUCCAAGACCACGAGGGUCGGCAACCCGGUCGGCUAUAAGGUGGUGCCCGCUGCCACGGCGGCCAGCCUGCUCGACCACGACGAUCCCCCGCAGCGAAGAGGCGCAUUCACCAACAACCAGAUAUGGGUGACACCGUACAACGAGAGCGAGGAAUGGGCGGGUGGGCUGUUCGUGUACCAGAGCAAAGGGGAGGACACACUGGCUGUUUGGUCUGAGAGGGACAGGGCCAUCGAGAACAGGGACAUCGUGCUGUGGUACACGUUGGGAUUCCACCACAUCCCUUGCCAGGAAGAUUACCCGAUCAUGCCGACCGUGUCCGCCAGCUUCGACCUCAAGCCGGUGAACUUCUUCGAGAGCAAUCCGACCCUAAGCGCGCCGCCAAACUUCGAGAAGGACCUCCCCGUGUGCGUGGCCGCAGCAGCAUCCGCCUGAGGGCGCUCGUGCUUCCGGGGUGGGCGGUGGAGUGUUACGUGUAUAGGGUGCUCUGUAUUGUGUGCUUGAUGGAAUGGAACAGCGGGUGUUGGGAUUUCCAUGUCCACAAAACCUUCUCAUGGCCUGUACUGUUAAGCUGCUCUUCUGUCGCAUGCCAUGUUCCUCCUUCGCAGACUCUUGAUUUCUUCCGCUGACAAGGAUCUAACGAGAGUUGGAUCUAAGGUGUUGCAUUGCAUGAUGUAAAGAGGCACUGCGAGCAGCAAUAAAUAAUGGUUUGGUGGUGUGGAAGCA